GAGCUCCUCUACCCGCAGCACGGCGAGUGCCUCACGCACGCCCCCUACGUGGACGACUCGUCCGACCCGGACGGCUGGACCUACGGGUCCUCGGCGGCGCGGCUCGCGACGAAGCGGCUGGGCGGCCGCGCCAGCAACCGCGUGGGCGACCGCUACCGGCAGAGGCUGUGGCGCCCCUUGGAGGCCGAGGAGCCCGAGGGCUCGCCGCCGGCGUCGCCCAGCCGCACGUCGCGGUCCACACGGCACCUCGGCGCCGAACCGGGCCAGAUGGACCUGGAGCGCGUGCAGUCGAGCUUCUGGGAUGCGUUCAAGGCGGUGAUGUCCACUCGCGGGAUCAGUCGGAUCCCGAUGGACCCCAUCGCCAUGCUCAGGCGCCGCAGCAAGGAUGCCGAGCGGUACGAGGCCCUGGCCCAGCGGCUUCCGCGAUGGAGCGACGUCGACCUGCUCGGGGAGCUCUGCGUCGCUGCGCUCUACAGCCGGGCGGCGUACGGCUUCGUCGCCCGGAAGGGCCUCUUCGACUCGCUCGUCGCCGGAGCGCAGGUGUUCUCGCUCCAGAAAGCCGUUUUCGACGUGUCCACGGACGUGGACGAUGCCACCAACAAGCGGGCCUUCUUGGAUAUACAUGCUCGGCCUGUGCUCGGACGACCUCCUCCACGCGCAGUGGAAGGUCGAGGGCACGUUCUGCCCCAUCUUCGCUGUCGCCCGCGACGACGAGAUGAAGUGGAUCGUCGUUGCCGUCAGGGGCUCCAUCUCAACCACGGACGUCCUCACAGACCUCGCGGCCAAGAACGUGCCGUUCCUUGA